GCCCCUCCGGAGAGCAGAGGCCGUCGGCUGAACGGCAGCCCGGCCUGCGGGGCUGGACCGUCGCCCAGCCGAGGGUACAGGAGCCCUCGUACGGGCUGCGGUCCGCCGGCUCUGCGCGUGAGUCAUGUUCACGGGCCUCCCAGCAGCGCCACAACUGGGGACAGCUUCCUCCACGACCUCUCCUCCUCGUCAGAAGCGUCUCCAAACGGAAGGAAGCCGCUGGAAAGAGAAGGGGACACAGGAUGGGGUUGGGGCGGCGUGCAGGGACUUGCUGCUCUCAGAGCCCCAGCGGGCACUCCCUGGCUUCCGGCUGCAAGCAGGCCGGCUGGCAAGGCUACCGCAGCCCCGGAGGCGACCCGAGGCCCUUUUGGAAAACAGCCGGCUCCCGCCCAGCUGUGGAAUGGAUUCGGGAGAGGCCGGGGGGAGACAGAUAACAGGGGCUUCGAUCAUCUCAGAACAGGGAGUGGCCAGACGCUCAGGUCAAGGUGACUUUGAUUUGGCCGAUGCUCUCGACGACCCCGAGCCCACCAAGAAGCCAAGCUCAGAUAUCUACCCAAAGCCGAGGCCUCCGUACCAGCCCCAGCCUGGAAAUCCCGACAACAGUGGAAAUAUCUAUCCAAGGCCAAAGCCAAUGCCACGUCCCCAGCCUGGCGGCUCUGACAACAGUGGAGGAGGCGGUGGCAGCUACCCCCCCAGUCAUGACGGCCACGGAAGCACGCAUGGAGGAGGGCGCUACAGACCCAGCGACCAUGGGAGUAAUUAUGGUGGAGAUGGCUAUCCCUCGCACGGCAACCCACAAGGCAACAGGAUAGCAAAAAUAGUGUCUCCUAUCGUGUGCGGGGUGCUGGUGACCCUGGUGGGGGCAACGGCCAGCUAUUUCCAGUACAACAGGAGGAAGAAUUGUUGCAGGGCAAAUGAACCAGAAAACAUCUGAGGCCUCCAAAAUCCACCCUUUGCUUUGAGAAAAGGUCCACCCAGACAAGAACCGCCUUCAUCACUCCCGUGCAAAGUUUCUUUCCUUCUUGGCUUAAGCAGCUGCCCUGAAGGGUUUUCUCUCCUGUUUACAAUAGACGUGCUACCUAACCAAGAAUUCCUAAUUCCUCAGACACAUCGAUCAUGAUAAGGUAGACAGCUGGACCUAGGGUUGUAAAAUGAUUGCUUGAUCUGUUGGUUCCAUCGUGAAUCCGGACAGAGAUUCCAGCUCUGGAAUGAGCUCUGAAACUACCUCCUGGCGUGACCUCAGGCCAUCGACAUGGUCACAAAGCACAGGGGCAGCAGGAUGGCACUGAGGUCUUGGGCAGGAAUGCCAUCGGCUUCUAAAAGAUGGAGACAGACUGCUGUUUGGGUUUCCAACAAGCUGGGGUAAGAAGCUUGACUGAUGCUGUAAGUUCCUUAGUUAUGUCAGGAAUCCAGACCCGUUCAUCACCGCCCGUGAAUCGGGAAUGAGUGAUUUCCGACACUAACGGCAGAAUUUGAACAUUAUUUCAGCUCACAAAAGUAUAGUCACCUGCAGAGGAUGAGGCUGGAUUUGGGAAAUUUAAGUGCAAAAUCGCUGAUGUGGAAACCGUCUCGAAGUGAUCAUGGGGUGCUUUUUCCUGUAAAAUAGUACAGUUUCUACAUUAUUUUGGAGAACGUGGGGUAGAAAUAGAGAUUUGCAGAUGUUGAGGCUUUUCGUAUUAUUUUUGGUCUUUGAUCCUCUGUGGGUACCAGUUCUUAAGGCGACGGCAGUGCUUUCCUUGAUUUACACUUUUCUUUUUACUGGGCUAGAUAAUCUUCUAUCCUCAAACAUCUAAAACGUAUACUAGCUGUUUGCUUCUAUUUUAGUAAUACUUUAGGGGAGAGGAAAAAGGAUGGUUUGGGCAGAUUAGUAUAGUUUGAUUCAACUGAGAUUAAUGCUGAUAGAAUUUUAGAGUUUAAAUAUUAGAACCAAAGAGGAAGCCAGUCACUAGAAUCUGGAUCUCAUAAAGAGGACACAUUAAAAUUCCAAAUAUGCAUGCUUUGUGCACACCCUUAAGGACUGAGAGCUAGGUCUCCGAAGAGAAGUUGAAAGCAGAAAGCAUUUGAAAGAGCUUCGCCAAAAUGGAAAAGAACUUAAAACUAAAGAUCCUGAUUAGAUGUCUCAGAAUUGCAUGACUUCCGGCCUGGAUUUACAAAGAUUUGAGCCAUUUGAAGACAGCCUGUAUUUCCUAUUUUAAUAUGAAUAUCCUAGGACUUUUCCCAAAUCUUGUUGAGCUUCCCCAUAAGUGAGGAUGCCUACUAAACAUUUCCCAUAUAUGAGUUUUAGUGGGAAGUUUAAUUUAACUCUUGUUAAAUCUGUGUGUCAGAUUUACACACAGAUGUACAUAAAUGGAACUUAAGCAUUUUUAAAGGUAACUCCAUCCAUUUUCUGUAACUGUCAUGGGCAACUUUUCAUCAUUUAAAAUACAUGUAAGAGAAAAAUAAAAUCGGCCUUGUUGGUUGUGUUCUCUUUUCUAUAUUUUGCACGUAUAACCAUGAGACAGCGGUGAAAGGGUCGAAAAGUCAUGAAGCUACGUAACUUUGCACACAUACAGGAAAUCCCUUUCUACUCCGUUGUGCAUCCUUUGGGCACGUGGCCUUGGAGGCUUAUGGCUGAGAUGGUUGCCACCCCCAGCUCCGAUGGACCCAGCAGUUGUUUGAGAACCAGAGGGGCAUCUGUCACCUUCCAAAGGAAGAAAUGGUCUCCUCAGUACCAUGUGGAACAAGAUGGAUUAUGAACACAUAAAGAAACGUAUAGUUAGAGAACAGCGGGAUAAACGUCACCCCGAUGACAAGAGGAAAAUAUGGUUAGUGUUCAAUGUCGUUGAAAUUAAAGUAUGUGAGUAAUGAUCUCUCGGGAAGCCUCUCUUUAAGGCAUCACCAGGACCACCCGGAGGACAUAUUUUCCAAGCUGAAAACAGGAGAAAGGUCACAAUUAGCUGCAAUCUCCAAGGUCUUGAAAUAAGGAAAUGAGAGCAUUGUGUAUAGUGUUCAAAGCAACACCUGCCUCCUGGGAGCACGGAUGUGUCUGGUGCUCUGUGGAUGGAGGUCCUCAUGUUCCCAUGUACACUUAAAAAGGACACCCUUAAGCCUCCUGCACUGCUGGUGGGAAUGUAAGUUGGUGCAGCGACCAUGGAGAACAAUAUGGAAGUUCCUUAAAAAACUAAAAAUAGAACUACCAUAUGAUCCAGCAAUCCCACUCCUGGGCACAUAUCCAGAACAGAUGAAAACGCUAAUUUGAAAAGAUACAUGCACCCCAGUGUUCACUGCAGCACUAUUUACGGUAGCCAAGAUACGGAAGCAACCUAAAUGUCCAUCGACAGAUGAAUGGGUAAAGAAGAUGUAGUACCUAUAUACAAUGGAAUAUUACUCAGCCAUAGAAAAGAAUAAAUCAUGCCAUUUGCAGCAACAUGGAUGGACCUAGAGAUUAUCAUACUGAGUGAAGGCAGACAGAGAAGGGCAAAUAUCAUAUGAUAGCACUUAUAUGUGGAAUCUAAAAAAAGCAAUACAAAUGAACUUAUUUACAAAACAGAAAUAGACUGACAGACAUAGAAAACAAACUUAUGGUUAUCAAAGGGGAAAGGUGGCCGGGGGGAUAAAUUAGGAUUUGGAGAUUAACAUACACACAGUCUAUAUAUAAAAUAGAUAAUCAACAAGGACCUACUGUAGAGCACAGGGAACUCUACUCAGUAUCUUGUAAUGACCUAUAAUGGAAAAGAAUCUGAAAAAAAUAUUUGUGUGUGUGUAUAUAUAUAUAACUGAAUCACUUUGCUGUACACCUGAAACUAACAAAACAUUGUAAAUUAACUCUACUUUUUAAAAAACAAAAAACACCCUUUUUUCCAAGUAUAAACCACUAUGUGCAAGGCUUUCCAGUUGUAGGAUGCUGACACACCUCCAACUUUUAACAUUGGAAAAGCAAAUCUCUCUCUCCCUCUCUCUCUCUCUCUCUCACACACACACACACACACACUGUAUUAACAUAUUGUUUUGGGUUGAAUCGUGGCCCCUCUCAGAUUCAUACGCUGGUAUCCCAACCCCUGGGAUCUUGGAAUGGGACCUUAUUUGGAAAUACGGUCAGUGCAGAGGUGAUCAAGUUAAGAUGAUUCGUUAAGAUGUGGUCACCCUGGAGGAGGAUGGCUUCUAAUGCAAUACGAGUGGUGUCCUCACAAGAGGGGAAAUUUGGACACAGACACACACGCAGGGAGCAGGUUGUAAGUGGCUUGGAGUGAAGCUGCCACAAGCCAAGGAACUACCAGAAGCUGGGAGAGAGACCUGGAGCCCCCUAUAAUCUUCAGAGGGAGUGCAGCCAACACCUUGGCCUUGGACUUGCAGACUCUGGAACUGGGAGAAAAUAAACAUUUCUUGUUUAAGCCGCCCAGUUUGUGGGAGUCUGUUAAGGAAGCCCUAAAAAGCUCAUGCUACAUGAGUACGUGUGGGGUACAUAGCUUUUUCCUAAUUCAAAAGAGAUGAUGGGGAACUCAUUUAGCUUGUCUCUCCAGGUGGUACAGGAAGCCAGUCAUGAUUAAACUCUGGACUCUGAGGUCCCAUGCAUGAGCUCACAGUCUGGCUUCUCCAUCUCAAGCUGUGUGACCUUAGUCAAGUUGUACCAUCUCUCUGCGUGUCAGUUAUCUCAUCCAGAAAGCGGAUGUAAUAAUAAUAACAUCUGCCUCACCAAACAGUGGUGUAGGAGUGUUAAAAAAGCAUGCCGAGUUGUACCUGGUAGGCAGCAAGGGCUGCAGGUAGGAGGGGAAGAAUAAUAAUAAUCUUUUUCUCUUAAUGUAAGUACAAUUCAGCUCAUUGCAAUACAUAGGACAUUCCACAGAACCCGGCUGAAAGUCCGGACCAUAAAAUCAAAACUGCAAAAGCUGACUAAAAACACUGAGUGUUGGAGAAUGCAGGUUGUCUGCCCAAAUCCCUUUUUUCUAUCUUCUGAGUUAAUAACCCAAAGCCCCUCUUUCCGUUUUCUGAAUUAAUAGCUCUGCACCUGGACUCAUGGUUUCCCAGGUGAACCAAGGUUCUCAGCAUCCUUUGUGGGUAGAUGUGGUCACGUGACAGCUCUGGCCAAUGGCGUGAGAAAAGGUAGGACUCUCAUGUUGUCCGCAUAAUAGCAUCUUCCACCUUGGCCAGCACCAGGAUGGGUGUAUCCAGUGUAUCUCACUUUGGGCGACGGAGUGCUAUGUCAGGACCCAACUGUCCGGAUGGAGGGACCCUUCCUCUGUGGUCCUUACCUGUGCGGGUAGGCUCUGGUCCUCACAGCCUACCUCUCUGAGCUAUCCCUGGCUCUCGGCAAAUGCCCUUUGUAGAACAUCAAGGUUGGAAGGAUGGUUUUUGAAAUUUUCAAAUUUAAAUUCUCCCUCAAUCAUUUUUUUUUUUCUUUUCUGAUGGCAUGCAUUUUCUUAGGAUAUCAACCUUUUCUCACCCAACAGAAUUCCCUAAAGUCAUGAGCUAUUCCUCUCUUGGUAAUGGCUAAAA